CGCUUGUUGUCCAGUGACCACUCCUCUCCCGCCCUGACGCUUGCGCGUGUUCCUCGUGCCGGAAAGAAAUGAGAAGUCGCGGCAGACGUUCCACCGAUCCGUGAAAGAGACGCUGCAUCGAUUAUGAGAGGCGCCUAAUCAAAUCGGCCAAGUGAGCAUAUCGAGCGGCAGCUUAUACCGCGGCCGCCAUACCGGGGCCCCUGGCCUUGCGAGGCCGCUCCGGGGUCUCAAACCUGGCGGUCGUUUUGCUCGAAGUGGUGACGAUGAAGAACGAUGGAAGCUUUCAACGGCAACGCGGCGACGACAGCGCAGCCUGCAACCGCAGCGGCGUCGAGCGCUCUCCUCAGAUGCGGGGGCGGCGUUCUGCAACAGCCGCCGCGCGUUGUCCGGCGCGUGCCCUGACCUUGGCAGCGUUGUUGACACUGCUGCACUUGGUCCUCCUGCUGCCGAUACAGGCCGCUGCUCAAGAGGAGGACAUCGCGACGACGACGACGACGACGACGACAAAGAGACCGACGGCUUCGAAGCCUCGCGAGAAAGGGCUCGCCAAGCACAUCUGCAAGGGCACGCAGAAGUUCACCAACACCAUCAACCUGCUGCUGACGUUCGGCAAACGCGUGUUGGAGGACCCGAGGCCGCUCAAGAUCGGCCAGGAGCUAGGCAUGAACGUGACGAUCGACGGGCUUGACACGCUGUCGCUGCGCGGAACCCCGCAGACUUUCUGCAACGAGAGCGUCGCCGAAGCGCUGCUACCGCUCAGGCUGUCGCCUUCGAUCGUGCUGCACCGCAGGCGUUCCAUCCUGUUCGGUGCCAACAGCGACAGGAACGUCUCCUACACGCUCAGCGGACUCGAGAUGGACGUCGGAGUGCGAGUAAACAGGAACGACCCGAACCGACACGUGGAGAUCACGUCGCUAGACAUCGUGUACGUGGACGCGGUCGAGAUCGAGGUGAAAACGUUCGCGCCCAUCUCGGGCAGGCCAGUCACCAUGUUCUUCGAGCGGCCACCCACGGCCGUUAAGCUAGCUAUACUUAGGCCCAUCAUUCAGGCCGGGUUGCAGAGGAUGCUAGACAGCGGGGGCUUUAAGUUAUCGUCGUAAUAAAACGUUGCUUUGUUUGUCGUGUUA